AUGGCUGGAGUAGGAAACCUUGUUGAUCUUCUCUUAUUCUAUACACUAGAGAGGGUAUUGUUUAAUCGAAUCGUAGGACCAAUGAGAAAAAACCCACAGCUUGUUAAGAUGGCUAUGGCCUUCUGGUUGCUGUUAGAGGAGAUUGGCUAUCAUGACCUAACUCGAAAAAUCCAUUCAUCGGACAAUUGCGCCAUUGAUGCAAUAUUCAACGAGACGUUGUCCUGUUUAGACCGCAUUCAACCGGGAGGAAAUGAACCGACUGGGGCGAAUGAUUCUCCUGUCUUUGUUGGCAUUUUGGAUGAGCCACUAAGCCAGAGGUUCUUUUACUACAAUUCUGAGUUUAUGUUCAGGCGAUUUACACACAUAAUGGAGACAGUUUGCAACAGAAUAUUUGGAGAAAAUGCUGCCAUUGAAGUUGAUGGAAAUGUUAUUCUAAGGCCUAUGGUUAGACCAUUUGCGGAUGGUGGCAGCACCAGCAAUUCUGGGCAAGUGGCGGCCUGUGGUCGAAUGAGGCCAUCUUCAACCUUGAAUCCAAACGCCAGUGAGUUCGUUCCGAGACAAACGAAUGAAGAUUCAAGAACCAUGUUCUUAACUUUCUCUAAAGGCUAUCCCCUUACUCGUGAUGAAGUAAUCAACUUUUUUACUUCGAAUUGGGGAGGCGUGGUUGAAGAUGUGGUGGUGGAGCAAGCUGCAGGGAGAGAUCCACCUCUUUAUGGAAGAGUCAUUUUUACUAGGCAUUCGAUCAUCGACACAAUUCUCAAUGGACAGUCCAAGGCAAAGUUCAUGGUGGGGCGAAAACAUUUGUGGGCACGAGUUUAUGUUCCUAGGCGUAGGUGA